GCCACAUGGUGUUCGGAUGCGGCAGAGUGCGGUGCGGUGCUUCGGUAAAAACGCGCUCAUUCUUCACGUACAAGAGAUAAAUCGCGCUCCAAAAACAGACAUGCUGAAGUGCUGGAGAAGUUGCAAAAUACAAACCGUGUGAUGAGUCAAAAUAAAAAUAAGAGAAGCUUAUACACAAGAAUGAAACUAGCGUGACACUCAAAUUAUUCAACAUGUUGCUCUACAUUGUUGCAGCAGCGAUCCUGCAAAUCCUGCUACAAACCACAGUGACGUCUGCUGUGAGCUGGGAGGAAUGGUGGACUUACGAUGGAAUUUCAGGUCCAGCGUUUUGGGGCCUGAUAAAUCCAGAAUGGUCACUGUGCAACAAGGGACGAAGGCAGUCUCCGGUUAAUCUAGAGCCGAAUAAGCUGCUCUUCGACCCAAACCUUCGACCCCUUCACAUCGAUAAACACAGGGUGAGCGGUUCCAUCAUGAAUACGGGCCAUAGUGUAAUAUUUACAGUAGAUAACGACACUCGACAUCACAUAAAUGUGACUGGAGGACCUCUAUCCUAUAAAUAUCAGUUUCAAGAAAUCCAUAUUCACUACGGACUCCACGAUCAGUUUGGGUCCGAACAUUCAAUAAAUGGAUACAACUUCCCAGCAGAGAUACAGAUUUUCGGGUUCAACUCGCAACUCUACACCAACUUCUCGGAAGCGCUCCACAAAGCUCAAGGGAUCGUGGUUAUAUCUCUUCUCUUACAGAUGGGUGACCUGUCCAAUCCCGAGCUGAGGAUAUUAACAGAUCAGCUAGAAAAAAUUAGAUACGGCGGGGAUGAAGUCGAAGUGAAACGACUUUCGGUGAGAGGACUACUUCCUGAAACCGACUAUUAUAUGACCUACGAUGGAUCCACAACCAUGCCGGCCUGCCACGAAACCGUCACAUGGUUGAUCCUCAACAAGCCUAUUUACAUCACCAAGCAACAGAUGCAUGCGUUACGCAGACUGAUGCAAGGAGAUGCCAAACACCCCAAAGCCCCAUUGGGAAACAACUUCCGACCACCACAACCCCUGCAUCAUCGACCAGUACGGACUAAUAUUGACUUCAGUGUUAAACACCGCACUGACGCGGGGAAGCAAUGUCCCAGCAUGUACAAAGACGUCUACUAUAAGGCAAACAGUUGGAAACAGCACUGAGUGUCGCCAUAUCUAGUGAACAAUCCAUAUCACUCCAAUAUCAUCAAGACUCUAGUGACGUGAUCAGAACAAUUCUAGUGCUAAAUUAAACGUCGACAAAAUGAAACAUAUCAUACCUUGCAAAGAGAUGUAAUAAAUGACUGAAUUAUGUGUUAAGCUAACGUGAUAAAUGCUUAAAAAUAGCUUAGCUAAUAGAAAAUUAAUAGACUGUUUUCGUUUUGGGUUUUUGUUAUGUCGAUAAAGUUAUUGUCGGUUUCGUUGGCCUAAAUGCACAUUCUUUAAAAGGGAAAUAAAAAUGGAAGUGUUAUGUAAAAUAUCGUAUUUUUAGUAAAGUUAGCUUAGUAAUGGAAUUGUUUGUAAUGAUAUUAUUUAUAUAAUAUAUGUUGGGAAGUUUAUUAUUUAAAAAAAUAUACGCUACAAAAGCCU